UGUCGAAAGAGUCCCCAAAUUUUUAGUGCUGUUUACAAAAAUUAUUUUACGUCCUAGAGCAACGUUUACUCCAAAUUUCAAAGUACAAACCAAAUAGCCAACAAAUCAUGGCAUUUUCGACACAACGAGAGUUUUUGAACAUUCAUUUUCGGAACGAGCCCCAAAACCUGCCAGAACGUAAACCCAGCGUUGGUCAGCUUAAAACGUACGAAUCCUGCACCGACUUGCGGGCCUGGUCCUUAGACAAAAUGCUAUCCUCACAGUAUCUGCUUGAUUUGGUUCACAAGGCAAGAUUUCGGAGACCAUCUCAACAGACGGAUGGCGAUUACGAGCUAUCACGAGAGUAUUUGCUGCAUUUAGAUGUUGAUGUUUUGGUGGAGCUAGUUCUGGGUCUCAUAGAUGAGUUAGAGAGAGUAAAAUCGCAUGUUCAUCCUUUCAAUAUGGACAAACAGGGUAUUGAUGAGCGAUCGGCAGCGGUGCAACAGAUUGCGAAAGCAGGCGACCAGGAACGAGAUCAACUGAUUGAACAACAAUCAUCCGUAUUCGCUGGUAGUGAACAGUAUGCAAAAGAGCUAGCUGAUUUAAAAGAAAUCAUUGACAACAUACGUACUAAAGCUGAAAAACACGAUGUGUUGGUAAAGGAAAACAAGUGUCUCCGAGAAAAACUUCAUGCUUUGCGUAAAUCAAAUCAGAGCAGUUGGCAGAAAUCUCGGGACAGUGACUGCGGGGAUUCAGUUACACAAAAUUGUGAAUCUUUGAUGGCGGAGCUCUGUUUGUUUAAAAAUCAUUACGCUGAAAUAGAGCAACAAAAAAGAGAAUUGAUGGAACAACUUCAGAGGUCAAAAUUUUCGGAACGAAGUGUAAUUACUUUGAAAAACGAACUGUAUCAGGAGCAAUUAAAUCGCGAAAUAAUUGAAAGGCAGUUGGCGGAUGCCUUGUUUCGAAACGAUCGACAAGCUUCAGAGCUGUAUAGAAAAGACAAUUAUAUAGCCAUGUGCAAUCGGAGAUUGGAAGGGUUCAAAUCAACUCCCGUGUAAUAGAUUCUGAGCACGAAAACUUGCUGAAACCUAACCUCCAAACCACCCUAGCCUUGGAAGUCAUCUCCGGCGAAGAACACUUUCGUCCAAACACUUUAUCACUGAUUUCGGGAGCUACUGGAGCCAACAUUUACUCACUGGUUCACCCACAACGCUUAUAAUAUGCGUUGACCUGGCCGUGGGUUCCUAUUUUCAUCGGACGCUCUUGGAGGCAGCCUUCGAUUACAUCGUUACGAUGACCACACCACCCACGCACACAGUAUCGUCAGUUGAGAGAAAGAACCUCGAACAAAU